AUGGCUGAAAACAGGAAGAUUUCGGAUCUUUUGAAGAAUACAAAAGAUGCUCAUAGUCAGCAGACAACAACUACCGAUUACGGCAUCAAGGUCCAUGAUGUGGACCAUUGGGUGAAGACGGUCGAUCAAGGAAAGGAUAGGAUUGGACCCAGCCUGCUUGAAGAUCAAAUUGCUAGAGAACGAAUCCACCGAUUUGACCAUGAGCGCAUUCCAGAGCGGGUGGUUCACGCCCGCGGAGCUGGCGCACACGGAACCUUCAAGCUUUACAAAAGUGCUGAGGAUGUGACGUUUGCGCCGGUCCUCACCGACACCAGCCGAGAAACUCCAGUAUUUCUUCGUUUCUCUACCGUUCAAGGUAGUCGUGGAAGUGCAGAUACCGUACGCGAUGUUCGAGGCUUUGCGGUCAAAUUCUACACCGAUGAGGGGAAUUGGGAUAUCGUAGGCAAUGAUAUUCCAGUCUUCUUCAUCCAGGAAUCAAUCAAAUUUCCCGAUCUGGUUCAUGCUGUGAAACCCGAACCGCAUAACGAAGUUCCCCAGGGGCAAACCGCUCACAACAAUUUCUGGGAUUUCGUCUACUUGCACCCAGAGGCCACACACAUGUUCUUCUGGGCGAUGUCAGAUCGCGGAACACCUCGCUCUUAUCGUAUGAUGCAAGGCUUUGGCGUUAAUACCUUUUCUUUGAUCAACGCUAAGGGUGAACGUACAUUCUGCAAAUUUAUCUGGACUCCCCAACUUGGUGUACAUUCGCUUAUGUGGGAUGAGGCUCUGAAAUUGGCCGGUCAAGAUCCUGAUUUUCAUCGAAAAGAUUUGUACGAAGCCAUUAGCAACAAAGCUUUCCCAAAAUGGAAGUUUGGUCUGCAGCUUAUUCCAGAGAAGGAUCAGCAUAAUUUUGACUUCGACAUCCUCGAUGCUACAAAGGUGUGGCCUGAAGAUCUGGUACCCAUUAGAUAUAUCGGAGAGCUGGAACUUAAUCGCAAUGUCGAUGAAUACUUUCCUGAGACCGAACAGGUGGCUUUCUGUACUAGUCACAUCGUACCAGGUAUUGAUUUCACCGACGAUCCCUUACUACAAGGUCGAAACUUUUCAUACUUCGACACUCAGCUCUCGCGAUUGGGAAUAAACUGGCAAGAGUUGCCAAUCAACCGCCCAGUGUGCCCUGUGCUGAACUUCAAUCGUGAUGGUCAAGGUCGUCAUACCAUCACAAAAGGCACAGUCAACUACUGGCCUAAUCGAUUUGAAUCUAACCCGCCUGCGUCUCACAAUAAGGAAAGUGGCGGCUUCCGAAGUUAUCCCGCCAAAACAGACGGUAUCAAGGCCCGCAUGCUUUCAUCCAAGUGGACCGACUAUAUCUCUCAAGCACAACUAUUUUAUAACUCGUUGGCAACGAUUGAAAAACAGCAUAUCACCAACGCCUUCUCGUUCGAGCUAGACCAUUGUGACGAUCCUAUUGUCUACGAGCGUCUUGUCACACGCUUGGCCGAGGUCGACAUAUCUCUUGCUCAGGCUGUUGCAGAAAAAUGUGGUGCACCUACACCGAACAAACAAACACGAACAAAUGAUGGUCAUAAAAGCCAAGGUCUAAGCCAGCUAGACUUUCUCCCAGAGAAGCCAACUAUCGAGUCACGAAGGAUUGCAAUCCUCAUUGCUGAUGGCUAUGACUCAAAUUCGUAUGACGCAAUAGUUGCUGCAAUCAAAGCGCAAGGAGCUUUGCCAUUCACCAUUGCUCCUAAGCGUCAGGUCAUCAAAUCUGCUGGCGGUGGUGGAAGCAAACCAGAUCACUUCCUCAAUGGCAUGCGCAGCACUAUGUUCGACGCAGUAUUUAUACCAGACGGCGAUCAAAGCGCCCAAGCGCUUAUCGGCAUUGGUCUCGCUCGGUUCUGGGUCCGUGAGGCUUUUGGCCACCUUAAAGCCAUUGGUGCAGUGGGCGCCGGUGUCAAGUUGGUCGAGGAAGCCAUCAAGGAAGUCCGGGAGCCACCUAAGCUUGCUAAGUCAAGCUCAGGUGGGCAGAUUUUGGAAUGGUAUGGAGUGGUGACUGCUCAUGCGCCGCCAAAGGUCGGCUCGUCUAGCACAGAGAUUGCCAAAGAUCCAAAUGAUUUUGCUGAUGUUUUCUUCGCACAAGUGGCUCAGCAUCGCAAUUGGAAAAGAGAGCUUGAUGGAUUCGCUGAUCAAGUCACCGUGUAA